UCCUUCAUGAACUGUCUACACGUGAGUGUAUCAACAGCGUGAUGGCUGGCAAGUAAAUUCAGUCAUUAGUUGAAUUCUUUUGAUAAUUUUUCAAAAGAAAAAAAAUAUAAUCCCAGCCAAUUUAACUCUAAUACAAGGAAAACUAUGGCGACAGUCCGCAAGAAGGUAGACAACCGGAUUCGGGUCCAGAUAGAGAAUGGUGUCGUUUUGCAGCACCGGACCAUGUUUGUGGUGGUGGGAGAUCGCGGGAGAGAUCAGGUUGUGAUCCUUCAUCAUAUGCUGUCUAAAGCUGCAGUCAGAGCUCGACCUUCAGUGCUGUGGUGCUACAAAAAAGACCUGGGUUUCAGCAGCAAUCGAAAGAAGCGCAUGAGACAGCUGCAGAAGAAGAUUAAAACUGGCACACUGAAUCUGAAUCAGGACGACCCAUUUGAGCUUUUCAUCGCAGCCACCAACAUACGCUACUGUUAUUACAAUGAGACGCACAAGAUCCUGGGAAACACAUAUGGCAUGUGUGUCUUACAGGAUUUUGAAGCCCUUACUCCAAACCUUUUGGCAAGAACUGUUGAGACAGUUGAAGGAGGGGGUAUAGUCGUCAUUCUGCUCCGAACAAUGAACUCUCUCAAGCAGCUGUACACUAUGACCAUGGACGUGCACACAAGAUACAGGACUGAGGCUCAUCAGGAUGUAGUUGGCAGGUUCAAUGAGAGGUUUAUCCUGUCACUUGCAUCGUGUAAAAACUGUGUUGUUAUUGAUGACCAACUAAACAUCCUGCCGAUCUCCAGCCACAUGGCAAACAUCAAGCCAGUCCCUCCAAAGACUCAGGAGGAUGGUUUGUCUCCCCGAGAGCAAGAGCUGAAGGAUCUGAAGGACUCCCUUCAGGACACUCAGCCUGUCGGUGUGUUGGUGGAUUCCUGCAGGACCAUGGACCAGGCAAAAGCAGUGCUGAAGUUUAUUGAAGCAAUAUCGGAGAAAACGCUGAGGAGCACCGUGGCUCUGACUGCUGCCCGAGGUCGAGGCAAGUCUGCUGCCAUGGGGCUGGCUGUUGCUGGGGCUGUGGCUUUUGGCUACUCCAACAUCUUUGUAACCUCACCAAGCCCAGACAACCUUCACACCAUGUUUGAAUUCAUCUUCAAAGGCUUUGAUGCACUGCAGUAUCAGGAGCAUCUAGACUAUGAAAUUAUCCAGUCUUUGAAUCCAGAGUUCAACAAAGCUGUUGUACGGGUGAAUAUCUUCAAAGAACAUCGUCAGACAAUUCAGUACAUCCACCCUGGUGAUGCCGUGAAGCUGGGUCAGGCCGAGCUGCUGAUCAUCGAUGAGGCUGCAGCCAUCCCUCUUCCUCUUGUGAAGAACCUGCUGGGUUCUUAUCUGGUUUUCAUGGCCUCCACUAUCAAUGGGUAUGAAGGCACCGGACGCUCUCUUUCCCUCAAACUGAUUCAGCAGUUGAGGCAGCAGAGUGCAGAGAGUCAGCAGAACAUGUCUGCAGAAAACAGAAGCACCAACACCGCCAGACUAACAGCAGCUCGCACUCUUCACGAAGUCUCUUUGCACGAGUCUAUUCGAUACGCUCCGGGUGACCCGAUGGAGAGGUGGCUGAAUGAGCUGCUCUGUCUCGACUGUCUUAAUAUUCCCAGACUCAUUUCUGGCUGCCCACUUCCACAGACCUGUGAUCUAUAUUAUGUGAACAGAGACACGCUGUUCUGUUACCACAAAGCAUCUGAGGCUUUUCUGCAAAGGCUGAUGGCUCUCUAUGUGGCUUCGCAUUACAAGAAUUCCCCAAAUGACCUGCAGAUGUUGUCCGAUGCUCCAGCUCACCACCUCUUCUGCCUCCUGCCACCUGUUCCCCCCACACAGAACUCGCUACCAGAGGUCCUCGCUGUGGUGCAGGUGUGUCUAGAAGGAGAAAUAUCAAGGCAGUCCAUCCUCAACAGUCUGUCAAGAGGGAAGAAGGCCUCAGGCGACCUCAUUCCCUGGACUGUGUCAGAGCAGUUUCAAGAUCCAGAGUUUGGCAGCCUGUCUGGAGGCAGAGUGGUGCGAAUCGCUGUCAAUCCAGAUUACCAAGGGAUGGGCUACGGCUCCAGAGCUCUUCAGUUGUUGCAGAUGUACUACGAGGGCAAGUUUCCCACCAUGGAUGAGAGCACACACUCAAAUCACACCAAAAUCACUUCUGUCAGCAGUGAAGCUGUGAGUCUGCUGGAGGAGGUCAUCACGCCACGUAAAGAGCUUCCUCCUCUGCUGCUAAAGCUCAGUGAGAGGCGGGCGGAGCGACUGGACUAUUUAGGAGUUUCCUAUGGCCUCACUGCACAGCUGCUCAAGUUCUGGAAGAAAGCAGGUUACACUCCAGUCUACUUAAGACAGACACCGAAUGACCUGACAGGAGAAAACUCUUGUGUGAUGCUGAAAAAGCUUAACACAGACGACGCCCCAGAGCAGAGUCAGUGGCUGGCUGCCUUCUGGAAAGAUUUCCGUCGGCGCUUCCUUGCUCUGCUUUCUUACCAGUUCAGCAGUUUUCAUCCAAGCCUGGCGCUCACUAUUUUGCAGAAUAAGAAGUCCAAGGAGGAGACCACCACUCUCAGCAGCUCUGAGCUGGCCAUGUAUUUUUCCCCAUACGAUCUCAAACGUCUGGAGUUGUAUUCAAGGAGCAUGGUGGACUACCACCUUGUCAUGGACCUCAUCCCAACGGUGGCACGCAUGUUCUUCCUGAAACAGCUUGGUGACGUCUCCCUCUCAGCAGCUCAGUGUGCGUUACUGCUGGGAAUUGGAUUGCAGCACAAAUCUGUCGACGAGCUAGAAAAGGAAAUUGAUCUCCCAAGUUCGCAGCUCAUGGGCCUCUUCAAUCGGCUCAUCCGUAAAUUUGUGCAAGUGUUCACCAACAUCCAAGAAAAAGCUAUUGAAGCACAGAUGACAGCAACUAAAGAUGUUACCAUGGAGCCAGCUGUCAGGAGCCUUAAUGAAGAUCUGAAUGAAGCUGCUAAAGAGUUUGAGGAGAGACACAAGCAGGAUCUAGAGAAAGUAAAGGAAAUGGAUCUGGAAGAGUACAAGAUUCGGGGAGAUGAUGAGGAGUGGGACCAGGUGCUGAAGAAGGCGGGGAACACGGCUGUUGUCAGCAUCAAAAGUGACAAGAAGAGGAAAUGGGAAGGAGGAACUGCAAUAGCGAGCAAUGGGGCUCCUCAGCACGGAAAACAGAAAAAGAAGGACAUGCAACACGGAAAAUUCAAGAAGAACAAGGACAAGCAUGGAAAAUUUGGAAAGAAGGCGUGACAGUAAAGAGUGCUGUCGUACAGGACUGUAUGAUUUUUCUUGGACUUGCUUGCAGACACUGAAAUAUGUCAAUAAGAAAAAAUUUUUUUUUUGUUUUGCUUUUUUCCUGCUUCUCAGUAUGUGAUGCAUCACAAUAAGUUGAUUCCUGUUAUUUUAUAAUGUCAACAGAAAAUAAUACACUUUAGCUCAAGAUAUUAAAUAAGUAUCUUUUA